ACCCAAACCGUACGGACAAUUGUCGCAUCCUCGUCGGCUAUAAAACGCAUCCACCGCCCCAAGCCGAGUGGCCUGACUUACCCACACAUCCGCAAAACUAUUCACUGAAGGGUGCCGCAGAUGCACCAUACGCAUCCCCGAGGCCGGCUGUCACAUGCAAGUUACACCCGACGCCAAAGUUAAUCACUCAAAAAAUUUUCCAAAUCACUGUCACAUCACCGUGAAUAAUCACUCGAUAAAUUAUUCAUCACAAACCGUUUUUAACCGAGUGCUGAGUAGUCUGCAACUCAUUCCAAUCUAUCAAUAUCUUAUACCCAGUGCAAAGUUCCCUCGAAAUCGACUAAAUCGACAUAAAUUACCGCGAGUGAAUGCCUAAAGACACAUCAAUAAACAUGUUCAGUUGAAAGUUCAUCAAGUGUUCAUCAGGAAAUUGUUCCUGAUAAAUAAAAAAUAAUAAUAAUAGAGAGUAACAAAAAACAACAACAUGCAGAGAGAUACGGCCGGUGAGUUUUGACACCGACCAAUAGCCAGAGUCGGUUGAACGCCCCAACAUCUUCACUAGCUCUACCCUGCUAGUCCGCUAGUCAUCAGUGUCCUCCACAAAAAAUUUACCAAGGAAAAUAUUGUGAAAAAUCGAUCACCCAAUGAUCUCAGUCCUCUCAAUUUACCCAAAUCCACGGAAAUUAAUUGUCAAUCACUACUGACUGACUCAUCGCCACAUCCCAGACACAUUUGAAACACAUCAGGGAUGACGACGAGGCCUAAAAACCCAACAGUGAGAUUGAAGAGCAACCGAACAAUCGUAAAAGGCUUGAGACCGACCAACAAACGAAAAAAGACCCACUCCAUUUUUAAAUCAAUCGAAAAAACGAAAAAACCUCAAUGAAAAAUAGCUGGACCUGGGUAUUGAGCAGUGAUUAUUCCAGUACUUGAAAAAAUAUCAGCCUCUCCAACAAAUAACUUAUUGAUAGUUGUGGUGAAAAGGGAAGAUGAGCCCUGCAGUAUACACCCUGUACGGGUUCGCAGUGUUCUUCAUGAUAUUCUGGGUGUGUCUGUGGAUUGUUCAUGUCCUAGCCCUGAUCUGUGGUCGUUGGAAGCUCCACCGUAAACCACCACAGGUGGCAAACAGCUAUGAGAUACCCCUUCCAGGUGUGUCAAUUCUCAAGCCCCUCAUGGGUAUCGAUCCAAAUCUAUUCAACAAUCUCGAAACAUUCUUCACCCUUGAUUACCCAACGUACGAAAUACUCUUCUGCGUGGAGGACGAGUCAGAUCCAGUGUUGAUGCUAGUGAGAAAAUUAAUGGAGAAUUACUCAAACAUCGACACAAGACUAUUCAUUGGUGGAUGCAGAGUCGGUGUCAAUCCAAAGAUAAAUAACAUGCAUCCGGCUUAUGAGGCUGCCAAACACGAGUUAAUACUUAUUAGUGAUAGUGGAAUAAGAAUGAAGGAGGAUACACUGUUGGAUAUGGUUGGCUACAUGACAGACAAAGUUGGUCUUGUUCAUCAGUUGCCAUUCACAUGCGACAGAGGUGGCUUUGCUGCGGCCUAUGAGAAGAUAUAUUUUGGUACUGUACAAUCGAGAAUGUACCUAGCUGCAGAUGUGCUAAGGAUAAAUUGUCACACUGGUAUGUCAGCCCUAAUUCGUAAAUCAGCCCUUGAAGAAGCCGGUGGUCUCAAAGCAUUUGGGGUUUAUCUUGCUGAGGAUUUUUUCUACGCAAAGGCCCUCACUGAGAGGGGCUGGAAGAUAACAGUAUCAUCACAACCAGCACUCCAGAAUAGUGGACACUGUGAAAUGCACACGUUUCAAGCAAGAUUGAGACGAUGGGCUAAAUUGAGAGUUGCUAUGCUUCCAACGACUAUUUUACUUGAACCACUGAGUGAGUGUCUUAUACUUGGUGCUUGUGCAUCAUGGUCAGCUGCUCUACUAUUUGAAUGGGAUUCACUCGUCUUUUAUCUUGUUCAUAUACUCAUGUGGUUUAUGCUAGAUUGGACGAUGCUGUGUAUUGUUCAGAAUAGCCCGUUGCCACUUAAUAAGCUUGAAUUCAUGUGCGGAUGGAUUCUUAGUGAAAUGACAAGACCAUAUUUGUUCAUCCAGGCUGUGCUUGAUCCUCUCAUACAGUGGCGGUCUAGAGUUUAUAAGCUCAAGUGGGGGGGACUUGCUGAGGAAGUUAAAGCUAAAGUGAAAUAUUAAUUCGAGAGAUCAGAGUAAACACUGCGAUAUGGAGAUUAUUAUUUCAAACGAUUUUUAUUGAGGAUUCAAUCGCUAGUAUCAGAGGCCAAACUAUUUUUUACUGCGGAUAUUUACUUCAUACCAGUAAAUAUUCAGCUGACUGUUUUUUUUCAAUUGUUUUUUUUUUCUCAUAAAUUAUUUUGUCCUCGCAGAGAAUCUCAUUCUAUUGACAGACUUUUUUUUUCUCAGUAUUACCAUAAAAUUAUUCAUCAGAUUUUACGAUUUUUCACAUUUAUUAAUUUUAUUAAAAAUAGCUUUUUCUCUGAGACUAGCUGUGGCGGAAAGUGAGAUUAUGCUCGAUUUAAUCUAGAAAAUUAUUGAUUUUCGAAUGAAAUAGAUAUAGGUAUUUAUCCUUUUUAUCUGGAUUUCAAUUCGCUAUAAAAAAGAAAAGUCCUUGUUGUUUUCAUGUUUUCAUCUUUAAAUCAACAAUUUUUACGAUUAAUCGAUGAUAAAGCACAAUGGGAAAUUCGACUCAUCUCACUUGAUAAUUUUGCUACUGCAAUGAUUAAACGAUUGAAUUGAUGAGAUUUUUAUUUUCUCGGUAUUGGGCAGAUGUGAAGUCGAUAUUUUUUAAAGGACCGAUGAAAAUAAUUUUUCCAGCUUUAUCAAUGCACACAUUCUUAUAGAAACGCUCUCGAGACUGAAGGCAAGAACAUAAUUGACCGAUCUCCUCGAAUAAUCCUCGAAACUUCUCUUCAUACCUCAACAAAAAAAAACCCUACAGUGUACAUCUCCAUUCCAUUAUUUGCCUAGAUGUUACAAUAUGCCUAUAGGUGUGUUCCUUUUUUUAUAGCGCGAAUCUCGAAUAAAAGGAGAUUAAAUCGCUAAUUCCGUUGACUGAAUAAUUGUACAUAUUAAAAAUUAUCUCAUUAUCCAAUCAUCAUACCGAUAUUUUUAGUGGGAAAAGAUGUGCCUAUAGGUCGUACAAGGAGCUCAAGAGCAUAAUUACCUAGACAUUUCAUAUCAGAAUACGAUGGAAUGAAAAUUUUCUACAAAAACUAUUUCGAAUAUUUGUCCAAUUUCCUAUGACAACAUUUGAAUCUCAUUAACGCUGUUACAAAUGACGGUACAAUUUCUAUAGAAUGCUUCACAAAUUUUCAUCAAAUUCGUAUUUAUUCGAUUAUCAUUAUCUCCUGGAACAAAUUCAUUGACAUUAAGGUAAAUGAAUGAUAGUUCCCAGCUCUUAUUUGUAUUUUUUGACAAGCAAUGAUGUUUCCAUGAAGGAACAACCAUCUCCUCUUGCAAGAAUUCUCACAUAAUUUCUCUCCGUCUAAUUGAGUGCAAUUUUCGUCAUUUUUUUUUCCGACAGUGCAGAUAAAAUAUGAUGGAGGAAUUCAAGAUUUUUAUUGUCAUGCGCGUGUGGGACAUUGUGUGUGACAGAGAGAAGAGGAGGCUAUGUCCUUGCCCCUCGUGUCAUCGACGAGAGUGAAAAUAGUCUAGUGCUCUGUGGAGCAUUCAAAGUGCUCAUCGAAUAUUCUGAGAGGAGACAGGGUCACCGACGAAGAAACAUCAUUGCUAUUGACGCUUUAUUUCGUCGUUUAGCACGUGUUAUUAAUGUCAUGUGGUCAUUGAUUCCAAUGACGAGGUGAACGUCAUUGCUGGAAUAAGUCGGAAUUAUUUCUUUCUCUUUACCCAAUUAUCGUGGUUCUUUUCUGUGGCUAAAUGAAACACCCUUUAAAUUAACUGUAUCUCGGUUUUUAUAAAGUGAAUAAAACUAUUAACAUAUUAUCACAGCUGUGACGAAUUCAGGAAAUGAUUCCGCACUUAUCGCCAACUUUCAAAGUGAAAUCUCAACGGGAAGCCAUUGAUUCAACCCAUUUUUUUUUUUCAAAUUAAUGAUAUUUAAUGAAUCUCAAUUCCCGAAAAUUCCCUCACAUUUGAUUAAUUUAUUGUUAUUAUUUUAGUUAAUACUGAGCGAAUCUCUCUUUCUCUAUUUAUUCUUUUUUACGAACUAAAAUAAAUGACCAGAUAACGGUGAACAAGUGGUCCACACGCUAAAUGUAUACGCGAUACUUAUGAGUAUUAAUAAGAUUAUUGAGCAGCAAAGAACAAAAUCAUUGAAUAAUGUAAAAAAAAACGACAGCUCUACCAUUUGAAAUAUUUCCAUUCUCACGAUUGUAUCGAUAUCAUUACAAUUUCAUGUAAAUAUAUGAAUGUGAACGUUAUUUUUUGCCCGCGAGUGAUCAAUCUUGUACAAAAAUUAUUGAGAGAAUGUGGGAGGAGAAAAAAAAGAUGAAUA